AUGGUGCAUUUAUGCGAUGUCAGCUACUCGCGCGAUGCUACUGUUGCUGCGAUUCGCGAUUACUACCGCUUUCUCGUCGCGAUGUACCUGGACGAGUCCGAAGUUAUCGAACCACCUGAGGGCGGGUGGCCAUCCAUCAAUUCGAACACCUGGGAAAAUUUAGACAAGACAGAUACGGUUAUUUCGCUGCUUCGCCAUCUCCCUUACAUCCGCGACAAUGGCGCCGUGGCAAUUGAUGGAGCCCCUGACUGUAACUUUGCGAACUGGCAAGCUCUCGCUCUCGAUCCCGAUGGCAAGAAAGUGAAAACCUACACGGAGUUGGACCCAGAUGAGGGUUCUGUGCCUCCCCAUGUUGUGGGAUUGACGGAAGGAGGAGAAAUCAGCCCCUUCUUCUUGCUUGACACCAAACUCGGCAUUGUGCACUGGUACGAGUGCUUUAGCCCCAUCCGGGAAGAUCCUAGACAGGUGGAGAAUAGUCCGGAGGACUGGGCACCCGAUGAAGAAGCCGAGUGGCGCGACUCAGGAGCUGUUUGGGCAAUUGAGGACUUUUUCGAAGUCUUAAAAUCUCACUUUCGGAAACUUAACUUUGUACCCAUUGGAACGCGCACUGUAAAAGAUGUCUGGAUUGAAGGGCUUGAAGAUGGUAUGUUGACCGCGGUUCAAGCAAUUUAUCACAGACAUAACUGGCCCGACCUGGGUCGCUACCGCAAAAAAGAAUGUAUGGAGGAAGUGCAGGCGAUGAUGGUAGCGCAAUAUUCCCAUUCCGCACAGGUGGAGCUCGAUGAUUGA